AUGCUUGGCCGCACAGUCGGCGCGCUCGCCGCCAUCUCGCUGGGCGCAAACGCCAUUCUUCUUCCGCCUGGUAUCAGCAAAAUCUCUGACUCGCGUGCUGGUGCUGUGGGACUCGCUCUCGACCCCAAAUCUCAGGCCGUCAAGGUCCACUGUUCUGGAUGCGCGUUCCCCUCGCCUCAGCAGGAAUCGGUUCAGGAGAAGGGAGAUGAUGACAUUGUCUGGAUUCAAGGCGGCUCAAAGGACGUUUUGUUCAACUUCACCAUUGAUGGCAACGACAAGGACCUCCUCUUGAACGGCGUCAAGGUCUAUCCUGUUGAUGGCACAUUCACAUUCAAAGAACCUACUGUUGGCCAGAUCCACUCAUCAGCUUCCCUGGCUGACAUCAAGAACAACCCCGAGCAAAUCACCCCGCUCCGUGUCUCAUCGGCUGGCAUGCGCGUUCACGAGGAGACCAUCUCUGCUGUCAACGAUGUGCUUGUUAGCAUCGACUACCAGGUCGGCGAGCUAGAGUCGCAGCCCAUGGCCCUUGACGCUGUUGACCUCAAGCUUCUCAAGGGCGCCGACGGUUCGCUGAUGAUCAUCUCGGUCGAUGCCGCUCCUUCGAAGCAUGUAUUCGAUGUCACUCCUCUAUCUGGUAGGCCAUCCAAGGAGUGUGGUAUGCUUCCUGCUGCUCUCUGCAAAUGGAAGUCUGCUGUCGAAGACAAGAUUUCCGACUUCAAGCCCAGCAUGCCCCACGCCUUUGGUGGCUGUGGCGGUCGUAANGCCCCUCACAAGCUGCCAGGCCACAUCAAACCUCACUUCGAGAUGCAUCCUGAUGUCGAUGCCCGUCCUGAUCGUCACCAUCCUCAUGGUCCUGGUGCUCAUCCUCGUCCCCACCACGGCCCUCACGGCCCUCACCAUCGCCCUCAUCACCACAGACACCACCACUUCCUCCCUGCCUUUGUUCACGCAUUUGUUGCAGUCUUGAUUCCUGUCAUGGCUGGUGUGACUAUGGGCAUGGUUGUCAGCCUGAUUGGCAUGCUCGUUGGUCGUUUGAUCUCAUUUUUGUGGAUCAAGUUUGGCCGCGGAGGUCAGCGUGGCUAUGCUAGUGUCGCUCAAUCCGACCAAGACACCGAGAGCGCCGAGAAGGGCGUCGUCGUUGUCGAGAACGAUGUUGAUGAGGAGCCUCUCCCAAAGUAUGAGGAUGCUCCAGCCUACGACGAGAAGGCUCACGAGUAG